UCCCCACCCUGCAGGCUCCUUCAUCCGAGAGACAUCUUCCAUCCGCCCUCUAAGAAGGCAGGCCCUGUGCCCUGCCUGCUCUUCCUCCUGCUGGCUGCCAGCAGCCUAGCAGUUCAGAAGCCAGCUCUCUCCGGGAGCUCACCUUGCCCCAGUCUGCACCUCCCAGCUCUCCCAGGGUAGCUAAGCUUCUCCAGGCACCAGGCCACCCGUGGACCAGUCAUCCCUGCCUCACCUGCCUGCCUGCCUGCCUGCCUGGGAAGCUGGCCCUCCCCAUCCUCUCUGCGGCUCUUUUCUUCUGGGUGGUUUGGGCCCCUGUGUGGUCCCCACAGCAUCUGCAAUUGAGCCCUCACUCAUUUCCUGAAGAGCAGCCAUGGCCACCUACAAAGUCAAGGUGGCCACAGGAACUGACCUCUUGUCAGGAACGAUGGACUCCAUCUCUCUGGUCAUCGUGGGCACCCAAGGAGAGAGCCACAAACAGCUGCUGAACCACUUUGGAAGAGACUUUGCAACCGGGGCGGUGGACGAGUACACUGUCCAGUGCCAGCAGGACCUGGGGGAGCUCAUCAUCAUCCGCCUGUACAAGGAGCGCUACUCCUUCUUUCCCAAGAACUCCUGGUACUGCAACUACGUACAGAUCUGUGCACCCAAUGGCCGCAUCUACCACUUCCCCGCCUACCAGUGGAUGGAUGGCUAUGAGACUCUGGCACUUCGGGAAGCCACAGGAAAGAGGCCUGAGGAAGACACACUCCCAAUCCUUCAGGAGCACCGCCGGGAGGAGAUCAGAGCCAAGCAGGACUUGUACCACUGGAGGGUCUUUGUUCCCGGCCUGCCCAACUACGUGGACAUCCCCAGCUACCGCCCUCCAGUCCGGAGAAACCCUAAUAGGCCUGAGUGGAAUGGUUACAUCCCAGGAUUCCCGAUCCUCAUCAAUAUUAAGGCCACCAGGUUCCUGAACUCAAAUCUCCGCUACUCCUUCAUCAAAACAGCCUCCUUCUUUCUUCGCCUGGGCCCCAUGGCCCUGGCCUUCAAAGUCCGUGGUCUGAUCGACAACAAACGUUCGUGGAAGAGACUGAAGGAUAUUAAAAGAAUUUUCCCUGCCACCAAAAGCGUUAUCUCCGAAUAUGUGGUGGAACAUUGGGCAGAGGACAGGUUUUUUGGAUACCAAUACCUCAACGGCAUCAACCCCAGCCUGCUGCGCCGCUGCACGCAGAUCCCAGACAAGUUCCCCGUCACAGAUGACAUGGUGGCACCUUUCCUGGGUGAGGGAACGUGCCUGCAAGCAGAGCUGGAGAAGGGGAACAUUUACCUGGCCGACUACCGCAUCUUGGAGGGCAUCCCCACUGUUGAACUCAGCGGCCAGAAGCAGCACCACUGUGCCCCCAUGUGCCUACUGCACUUUGACGCCGAGGGGAACUUGAUGCCCAUUGCCAUCCAGCUCAGCCAGACCCCAGGGCCCAACUGCCCUAUUUUCCUGCCCAGCGACUGUGAGUGGGACUGGCUUCUGGCCAAGACAUGGGUACGCUACGCUGAGUUCUACUGCCACGAGGCAAUCUCACACCUGCUGGAGACCCACCUCAUAGCCGAGGCUUUCUGCCUGGCCACUAUAAGGCAGCUUCCCCUAUGCCACCCCCUCUAUAAGCUCCUUGUCCCUCACACGCGGUACACCAUCCAGAUCAACAGCAUCGGGAGGGCCCUCCUGCUCAACGAAGGGGGGCUCUCUGCCAGGGGCAUGUCAUUGGGUCUGGGGGGCUUCGCUGAGGUGAUGGUGCGAGCUCUGUCUGAGAUGACCUAUGACAGCCUCUAUGUCCCCAACGACUUUGUGGAGCGUGGGGUUCAGGAUCUGCCAGGAUAUUAUUUCCGUGAUGACAGCUUGGCAGUGUGGGACGCACUGGAGAGGUAUGUGACUGAGGUCAUCACCUACUAUUACCCGUGUGAUGCAGCUGUGGAGGGAGACCCGGAAUUGCAGUGCUGGGUGCAGGACAUAUUCAAGGAGUGCCUUCUGGGCCGUGAGAGCUCAGGUUUCCCUACGUGCUUGAGAACGGUCCAGGAGCUGAUCCGAUAUGUCACCAUCGUCAUCUACACCUGCUCUGCCAGGCAUGCAGCUGUCAACACAGGACAGCUAGAGUUCACUUCCUGGAUGCCCAAUUUCCCGUCAUCCAUGAGGAACCCACCGAUGCAGGUCAAGGGCCUGACCACUGAGGAGGUGUUCAUGGACACAUUGCCCGACGUGAAGACCACAUGCAUCGUCCUGCUGGUACUCUGGACCCUGAGCAGGGAGCCUGACGACAAGCGGCCCCUGGGCCACUUCCCCGACAUCCACUUCGUGGAGGAGGCUCCGCGGAGGAGCAUGGAGGCCCUGCGCCAGCGCCUGAUGCAGAUUUCGCACAACAUCCGCCAGCGCAACAAGUGCCUGCCCAUCCCCUAUUAUUACCUGGACCCCGUGCUCAUCGAGAACAGCAUUUCCAUCUAGGACAUCCCUCCCCGCCUGCUUAUUUUCCAAAAAAGAAAAAGCCACUUCAAACACCA